AUGGGUAGCCAAGGCGACGCUGCGCUACAGUUCCAUCAGUUCUGCUUCAGAAACGACCAGCAUGUAGCAGAGAUCGCACAGCCUAGAGACGUCAUUGGAGCGAUGGUGGAGAGGAGUGAAGGAAAGAGUGAGAAAGGCGAGAGCAUCCGUCAAGCACCUUCCCACUCGCACAGCUUCAGGACGCUUAGAGUAGCGCAGCUACUUGAGAUCUAUGAGGAAGUAGCGGCCGUGAGGAUCAAGCACCCAGUCAGUCACGAUCUUCUAUACUGCUAUCUUCAGAUGCUUCUAGAGAAAAGUCACCAAGGCCAGAGUUUGAGGAUAGAAGGACUUAUUAGUGAACAUAAUCUUAACGAAUUUGUCCUUGGCCCCAGUGAGGGUGGUGGCGAUGUUGAGCGAAAGCGGGUGUCCGUUGGCGAGGAUCUGCUCCAGCUCGUAGAAGAAGUCGAGGGGAUAGCAGAGGGGAGAGCUUGUGCGUUCGUACUUGACGAUGGGCUCUAUGACCUUCUCCCACUUGCGGAACUUGCCCAUGGAGGAGUUCGACUUCAAUCUCUAUAUAAUGAUGAAAUUCAGGAGAAACAAACCUUUUUCUCCAAAUUCAGAGAGGAAAAGGACACCUUCGGACCUAUCCAAGUCCCCGCUGAUCGGCUCUGGGCAGCACAGACCCAACGCUCACUCCAAAACUUCGACAUCGCUCGUGAUACCGAUCGCAUGCCAACCCCUAUCGUGAGAGCCUUCGGUAUUCUCAAGAAGAGUGCAGCCAUCGUGAACCUGCGCUACGGACUGGAUCCUAAGAUCGGUUGUUUUUGGUAUGCAGCUGACGCUAUUGUGAAAGCGUCGGAUGAGGUUAUUCAGGGCAAGCUGGACGACCACUUCCCACUUGUUGUUUGGCAGACAGGCUCAGGAACUCAGUCCAACAUGAAUGCUAAUGAAGUCAUCGCCAACAGAGCCAUCCAGAUUAUGGGAGGCAAGAUCGGUGGAAAGGGCGUCCAUCCUAACGAUCACGUCAACCGCAGUCAGUCAAGCAAUGACAGCUUCCCCACCGUAAUGCACGUCGCCACUGUCCUGGAAACCCACCGUGUCCUCCUCCCUGGCCUGAGAGCCCUCCACUCAGAGCUCGAGAAGAAAUCCAGGGAUUUCGCUAAAAUCAUCAAAAUCGGUCGCACCCACACCCAGGACGCCACCCCCCUCACUCUCGGCCAGGAGUUCUCUGGCUAUGCCCACCAGGUCAAGAUGGGAAUCAAGAGAAUCUAGAGCAAGCUGGAGCAAAUUUCAGAAUUGGCCCAAGGAGGAACCGCAGUGGGAACCGGCCUCAACGCCUACAUCGGCUUCGCUGAAGCGAUUGCUGAGCAAAUUAGCAAGGAAACCGGAUACCAGUUCGUCACUGCUCCCAACAAGUUCGAAUCUCUCGCCACCAAGGACGCACUUGUUGACUUCCACGGUUCCCUAAACACUAUUGCUGUCAGUCUCUUCAAGAUUGCCAACGAUAUCCGUUUCUUGGGAAGCGGACCAAGGUCAGGCUUGGGUGAAUUGAACCUGCCGGAGAACGAGCCAGGAUCAAGCAUCAUGCCAGGAAAAGUGAACCCAACUCAGUGCGAAGCUCUCACCAUGCUCUGCGCUCAGGUGAUGGGCAACCAGACUGCCAUUACCAUCGGUGGCAUGAGUGGCCAUUUCGAGCUCAACGUCUUCAAGCCUCUUAUCGCUCACAACGUCCUCCACUCCAUCAGACUCCUGGGCGACGGCGCGCAGAGCUUCGUCAAGAACUGCCUUUCUGGCAUUUAGCCAAACACCAAGCGCAUCAACGAGCUGAUGAGCAACUCCCUGAUGUUGGUCACUGCUCUCAAUCCCUACAUCGGCUACGACAAGGCCGCCUCUAUCGCCAAAAACGCUCACAAGAAGGGACUCACCCUCAAGCAGUCCGCUCUCGAAUCCGGUUACCUCACUGAAGCUCAGUACGACCAGUGGGUGAAGCCUGAAGCCAUGAUCGGUCCCGAGGAAUACAAGGAGCACAAAAAGUGA